UAAACUUUCCAGCCACUAUACUUCUGCUUCUUUUUUUCACUACAUCGAAUCCUAUAAUUAUUUACUUAUAGGGUUUAUUUAACAAGUUCCCUUUCCCUUGUUCUCACUACUCUCUCAUUUCGAUCCCAAAAAAUGUCGAAUUUCUCUCAUAAAAUGCGACUUUCAUCAACUCUUCUAAGGCGUUUAUUACAGCAAAGAGUUACUGCAGUUAAUUCAAGAAAUUUUACCACAACUGAAGGUCAUCGUCCUAUUAUUGUUCAUAAACGUAGUCUUGAUAUUCUUCACGAUCCAUGGUUUAAUAAGGGAACAGCAUUCUCAUUUACAGAACGUGAUCGUCUUCACAUUCGUGGCCUACUGCCUCCAAACGUGAUGUCCUUUGAACAACAAACUGCACGGUUCAUGGCUGACUUGAAGAGGCUUGAAGUGCAAGCUAGAGAUGGUCCAUCUGACCCAUAUGUUCUGGCAAAGUGGCGGAUACUUAAUCGCUUGCAUGAUAGAAAUGAGACUUUGUACUACAAGGUUCUAAUUGACAAUAUUGAGGAAUAUGCACCCAUAGUGUAUACUCCUACAGUUGGUCUUGUUUGCCAGAAGUACAGUGGAUUGUUCAGACGUCCGAGGGGCAUGUACUUCAGUGCUGCAGAUCGUGGGGAAAUGAUGUCAAUGGUUUACAAUUGGCCAGCUGAUCAGGUUGACAUGAUUGUUGUAACUGAUGGAAGUAGAAUAUUGGGUCUUGGAGAUCUUGGCGUUCAGGGUAUUGGUAUUGCAAUUGGGAAGCUGGAUCUGUAUGUGGCUGCUGCUGGGAUCAACCCUCAAAGAGUUUUGCCUGUAAUGAUAGAUGUUGGAACUGACAAUGAGAAGCUCUUGAAAGACCCUUUAUAUUUGGGACUGCAAGAGCGUCGGCUUGACGGAGAGGAGUAUGUUGAAGUAAUUGAUGAAUUUAUGGAGGCUGUUUUUACUCGUUGGCCCCAUGUGAUUGUGCAGUUUGAAGAUUUUCAAAGCAAGUGGGCCUUUAAGCUGUUGCAGCGUUAUAGAAACAACUACAGAAUGUUUAAUGAUGAUGUCCAGGGAACUGCAGGAGUUGCUAUUGCUGGUCUUCUGGGAGCAGUAAGAGCACAGGGAAGGCCAAUGAUUGAUUUCCCAAAAAUGAAGAUUGUGGUGGCGGGUGCUGGAAGUGCAGGAAUAGGGGUUCUUAAUGCCGCUAGGAAGACAAUGGCAAGAAUGCUAGGGGAUACUGAGAUUGCUUUUGAAAGUGCAAGGAGUCAGUUCUGGGUGGUCGAUGCCAAGGGAUUAAUUACUGAGGGACGUGAAAAUGUUGAUCCUGAGGCUCGCCCAUUUGCCAGAAAGAUCAACGAGAUUGAACGUCAAGGACUAAGAGAAGGUGCAACUCUCGCGGAAGUGGUACGCCAAGUGAAGCCAGAUGUACUUCUUGGUUUAUCUGCUGUUGGAGGCUUGUUUUCAAAAGAGGUACUGGAAGCCCUUAAGCAUUCAACUUCAACCCGGCCUGCAAUUUUUCCAAUGUCAAACCCAACGAGAAAUGCUGAAUGCACCCCUGAGGAAGCAUUUUCUAUAGUCGGUGACAACAUCAUUUUUUCAAGUGGAAGCCCAUUCAAGGAUGUGGAACUUGGAAAUGGUCAGGUUGGACACUGCAAUCAAGCAAACAACAUGUUCCUUUUUCCUGGAAUAGGACUUGGUACUCUUCUGUCUGGAUCUAGAAUCGUUUCAGAUGGCAUGUUACAGGCUGCAGCGGAGUGCUUGGCUGCAUAUAUGACAGAGGAGGAGGUGCUCAAGGGGAUUAUAUACCCUUCGAUAUCCAGUAUACGCGAUAUAACAAAGAAGGUAGCUGCAGCUGUGGUGAAAGAAGCUAUAGAAGAGGAUCUGGCAGAAGGAUACCGUGAAAUGGACAGCCGAGAGUUACAGAAACUUGAUGAGGCACAAAUAUCUGAGUUCGUGGAGAACAAUAUGUGGAGUCCAGAUUAUCCAACACUGGUUUACAAGAAAGAUUGAUUAUCUGUAGCGGCUAGCAAAGCUUCAUCUUUUCAUGUUUCUCGCAACAUCAGCGAGGGCGUGGUGGAUCAGCGAUCAUGUACAUUUUGGGACACGAUGGCAUCAUGUUUAAUUUAGCAUCCAGUAAUAUCCCUUUCUUCAACAUUUGAUCGGCCGAUGACUUCUUGGUAUUAUAGCUUUUAUUGAGUGGUCCAUAACUUGGUUGUCUGUAAAAGGGAAUAAAUGCCCUUCUCCUCCUUCCAUUCUGAUUUUGAGCAUCGUCAAUGCAGAUGUAAUGUUCUGGGCUCUUGCUGCACAAAUGUACUAUAAAUUGCCCUUUGAUGUAGAUGUUGUGUACAAGUGUUGGAAGUUCUGAUA